UGAUCUGCUCUAUGGGCGCUCGUUGUGUUGAUCUGGUUGAUCACAAACACACAAACAACGCUCGAUUGGAUGUUACUAUCGUGUAUUUUCGUUCGUAAGUUGUAAAAGAACAUAAUAUUGUUAAGUAUUUUCGAUGACAGGAUAUUUUUCAUAAUUUUGUUAAGAUGGAAAAUAAUCCAGGCUUUCCAGUGCUACGAUCCGUCAAGGUAUUGAAACCUGAGUUCCAAGAUUUGAAGAAGAUUCCAAUAACGUCAGACACUUUUUCGCUUGGUCGUGGUUUAAAGAACUCUGUAGUUAUUCCAUUCAUAUCAAUAUCCAGAAGCCAUUGUAUUUUUCAAAAAGUCAACGAUAAAGAGUGGGCUGUUCAAGAUAAUAGCACAUUUGGUAUUCAAAUCAAUGGACAAACACUGGGCAAGGGGCAGGAGAGAAAACUGGGCAAUGGAGACCUUAUUACCUUAGAGCAGACAGGAGAAUUUAUCUAUACUUUUUUGUAUGAACCUGAAGACUUCGAACUACCACGUAAACGACAAAAGAUGGAGAGAGAUGAAAUACUUGAUGAUGUCAAAAUGAAGUUUAGAGAGUCUCAAAACUCUCAAAGAAAAUAUGUUGAGGAGAAGCUACAAAAUGCUAAACAGAUACACACUAAAUCUGUAGUACUGAAACACCAACUACAAACAGACAUGAACAGAAAAAUAAAUCACCUUCAAAGCGAGUUUGCAUUACAAAUAGAAAAUCUCAAGGGAGAGAAGUUGGAAGUCGAGCGACAGAAAUUAAUUCUUGAAGAAGAGAGAGAUUUACAAUUAGCAAGUGUUAAACAAGAAAUGGAACAACAGAUUUGUGAACUGAUGGACCAAAUUCAAAAACAAAAAACAACUGAGGAUGAGCUUAUUAAAGAGAACAACUUGCUUUUGAAGAAACUUGACAAAGAAAGGGAAGAGUUCUUAGAGGAGCUUAAUCGUGAAAACACUUCUAAACAAGGCAUGUUAGAUAAGUUGGAAGAAAAACUACGGGAGCAAGAGGAAGCCCGAGUGAAAGAGAAGGAAGAGUUUUUAGCUUUGGUGAAACAGCAAACUGAUGCUAUUAGAUUGCUCAAAGAACAGGAAUUAAAAGACUUGGAAGAAAAAAAGAGAAUAAGAGAACAAGAAAUGCUAGAAGAAUUGAAUGCCACCAAAAAGAAUCUUGAAAAUAAAAUUCAUCAAACUGAACAGGAGAAACAGAAGGCAGAACAAUUGUUACAAGAGCAAAUGGAACACAUGAAAAUGAUAAGCAAUCAAGAUAAAAACAAAAUGGAGGAAUUGAUGAAGGAAAGAGAAGAGAUCCAAAAUAAAUUGAAUGAAGCACAAUCCAAUGCUGAGAAGUCCCUUGUGGAACUGCAGAUACGAGUAAGAGACAGAGAAACUGAGUUAGCAACACUAGCUGCAGAAAGGAUUCAUAAACAAGCGGAACAUUCAAGUGCAGUCAUCAGUACUUUACAACAACAACUUGAAACGGUUCAAAAUCGACUACAUAAAGUUGAGUCAGAGAAGAACACAAUUUUGGAGAAUCUGUGUGCACCCGAGCAGGCUGGCGAGGGAUCUUCAAAAGAAAUGGUUAUAACACAAGUGGGAGACCUCAUGGAAAGUGAACUGCAGUGUGUCAUAUGUGCAGAACUGUUUAUCACAGCCACCACACUCGGGUGCUCACACACAUUUUGCAAGUAUUGCAUCACUAAGUGGAAGAGAAAGAAGAGGGAUUGCCCAAUAUGCAGAGCACCAAUUAGUUCACAAUGCAGAAGUUUAGUACUAGACUCGUUUAUCGAGAAGAUGGUACAAAAUCUAAGUGAGGCUACGAAAAUAAGAAGAAAAGAAAUAUUACAGAGUAGACAAGAACUCGUGGCUGAACUGGCCCAGAAGACCAACGCUCGUGCCAACUGCCGAAGAAUCAGCGCCAUCAGUAGGUCCGCCUUGCACCAAGCGGCGCAGGAACAGGGGUUCGCGACAUUCGAGGAAUAUUUCGCAUACCAAUACGGCGGCGACUUCCCCGGCUUUGAUAGUGGAUUUGACGUGGUUACCGACGCAGAACUCGACGAUAUCAUCGCCGGCGGAGAGGGAUAUAAUAUUGGUGGUGGAAGAAGACGAGACCUCCCGGUCCCGGGACUGCCAGACUCUUACUACGGAGGCUACGGGCGCUGCUUCCGCUGCGGCGCGCGCGGACACUGGGCCCCCGGCUGCCCCGCACUGUAGCUCCUAGCGCUAACAACCGCCAAAUCAAAUCACCCUUGAACACUAAACCUAUUUACCGGCUUUAAAACAUAGAUCUACGUACAUAUGAUUAUCAGAAGAUAAACAGCUUCGAGUAUGUCAACAAGAUCCGGAUAAUUUAUUGAUUUGCAAUUUGUUUUACAUAUAUUGUAUUAUUUUAUUAGAAUUUGUCAAUUUUGUUUAACCCUACGAGGUCAACGUGUAGAAGAGAGAAAAUGCUAAUUGAAUUAUACUACAAACACUAUGUAAUUAGUAUGCACGUCUGUUGCACUUAAGUUACUUACGUAGCAUUUAAAUUUGUUAAUCAGUCAAGCUGGUAACAAGAUUGCGCUUUUGGAGGAAAAAUAUGUCAUGUCUAUUAUUCUGUGUUUUAUACUGCAUUGUACGUAUCAAUAUUUAUUAGUUUCAACCAAAGAGGCUGCCCUAGACUAAAGCUAACCGAUAUUGACAUAGUGAAUCUGAUUUACAUGAGAUAUAUUAUGCCAAAUCACGCCAUUUAAAUUUAAAUAUGAAUGUAAAAAAGUAGCCAUCAUAAUGUAAAACUAUAAAUAAAAAAAAUCUAGUAAUGAUAAUUACAAUUUUAAGAAUUAUUUUAAAUUGAUGGAACAUGACUUUACCAAAACUAUUGCUAAUUAUAUUUUUAUUGAAUGUAAUUUUACUCUAAAAUUGUAUCAACAAUAACUAUUUUCAUUUACAGGCUGAUUCUACCUCGUAGUACGAUGCUGUUGAAAACCGCCUCUUCUCGUUAUCGUGUGACGAAUUUGAAUUUCCAACAGGUGGCUUAAAGGAAAUAUUGAGCAUUAGAUACUUGCUCUAAAUCAUUUGUGAUAUAAGUAACGGAGUUACAGAAUAUUGCUGUUGUGUUGUUCUGUUAGUUUGUUGUUCAAAGUUACUUUAGCGGUGCAGCCUACGACUUUUAUUAAAUGUAUAAUUUAUCAUCAUCAUUGGCCUAGCCUUUUCCCAACUAUAUUGGGGUCGGCUUCCAGUCUAACCGGAUUCAUUUUAGUACCAGUGUUUUACAAGGAGCGACUGCCUAUCUGGCCUCCUCAAUCCACUUACCUAGGCAACACCCUUGGUUAGACUGGUUGCUAGACUUUCAAGCUUCUGAUCCAAGUACCUGUAACGACUGUCAAAGAUGUAGAAAUA